AUGGCUCCGCCCACCCACCGUCCCACCCACCGUCCGGGCGCGAUUCUGUCGGUGACUGUUGGCGGUCGGACUGGGUGGGAACAGAUUAACAACAACGGCAACGACAACAACAACGGCAACGACAACAACAACUGCAACGACAACAACAACGGCAACGACAACAACGGUCCCGGCCGGUCAGGGUCAGGAGGGGAGGGAUUUCGGUGUGGUGUUUUUGCUGUGUCUCGCGCUGGGCUGCAUCCGAGAGCCCGCAACCCCCAGGAGGAGACUGACGUGCGGACCAGUUUCGCCUCGUUUGCCCGGGAGGGCGCUCAGCGCACCACUGCUCCGCAACCGCAGCGCCUCCCGCACCACCAGACGACCCACCCCAAUUUUAACGGCAUGUACACCCCAAACGACAAGUACCGCUUGACGCUCAUGCUGCUGGCCAUUUUGGUACUAUGGACAUUUGGUUCGGGCUUCUUCAUUCGUACGGCCAACGCGUACGACUUCGGUGUCGUACUUUCUUUAUCUUACAGCUUUCCCAACGGGGCGCCGAGCUCGGCCAGCGCGGUCGCCGUUAACGUCAUAAUGUACGUGGUCAUGAUGCUGGUCGUCAUUCUUGUUUCCGUACACAUCAACAGAUACGACCCAUUCUUACAGGUAUUGGGCAUCACCUGUGUGGCGCUGUUUGGAAUCGUACUCAGUCGUCGUACACAUGCACCAGCUUUAGAGGACCUGGGCGAUCAUACGGCAAGCAGUGGGAGUUUCUUUCUUACUCAGGACUUGGUCAUGCAGCGCCACCAACUAUUUAUCCUCUCCGCAUACCCCGCCGGCGUCCUCCGCGUCCAGAUCUUCGUGUGGAUGGCCCUGCUGCACAUGGCGGUGCUGUCAACCAUGCGCCGCAUCAUGCCGCUGAUGGUGCGGCACAACUGGCUGUUAGUGCGCUGCAAGAUUACGGAACGACGAGAUCUACUGGACCCGGCCGCCGUGGCGUCGCUCAUCGACUUCCCGCCCGGCUACAGCCCGACACCCGACAGGCGUGUGGCGGCUUGCUACAUCCGCUACAUCUCUCCCUGGUGGGCCCCCUUCUUGGGCCACUACGAGUCCAUCACCUACGUGGGGGAGCUGGACGCGGGUGGCCACCCCAGCGGCUACGGCGAGUGGCGCGACACACACUGGCACGGGGAGCACCUGACGGGGUUCUGGCACGGCGGGCUGCCCACCGGCCCAUUCCGCAGCCGGGAGACAGGGUCCGCCUCGGGCUUUGUGAACCUGCGCAUCGCCUACUUCCGAAAUCGAGGAGAGGCGCUGCGCAAGGCGGCGUGCCUGCCGCGACUGAAGCCGCUCCAGUUCGGUAUCGUGGCCUGUGAGGUGUCCACAUCCGGGGCCUGGUUCAAGUCCCUGCCGCGAGUGCGGGAGCUGCUGCCGCCAGUGGACAUAGCGGAGGGGCUUAUUGCGGAGGAGGACGCGGCGAUUGAGGAGGGCCGCGUGGCGCCCGCCGCGGUGCACCGCCCGGUGCGGUCGCUGACCGUCCCGACGGGGAUGCCAGGCAUGCGGCAUGCAGCCACGGGCGCGGCUGGCGGCGGCAGCGGCAGCGGCGGCGGCGACGGCAGAGGCAUGACGGCGGAAACGGAGAGGGUUCGAUCCAGCGGCAGCGGCGCAGCCGCUGCCCCUGCUUGCGUCGGCAUCUUGAAGCGGCACGACGGCGAGGCGGCUGCCCUCGCAGCUGCUGCUACAGCUGCCGCGGCGGCAGCCGCCGCCGCCACCCGGACUAGUACGGGCUUAACGGGCACUGGUGCUGGCGGUAGCCCGGCGCCGCUGGCGGCGGCAGCGCGCAUCGGCAGACUGAUGCGAACCUUGACUCCCCUGAGCCAGUUAAUGACGGUCGUACCACGGCGCGUCAGCGGCGGCGAUACCAGGGAGAGAGGCGGAGGCGAUUUCGGCACCGGCGUCGCUUCGCGGGAGAGAGCCCAUGGCUCGAGGAACCUGAACGGGCUCAUCGAAGCGGAGAGGGCGCUGCGUGCGCCGUCGUUGCGGCAUCCAGGUGGCUGUGGCUGUAAUGGCGGUGGCGGUGCUUGCUCGGUUCCGACGUCUUCCAUGGCGUCAUCGCCGCCGCCACCGGCUUCGGCUCCGACUGCUUCACUCGUAACCGGCCUUGGCCACGUGCCGCGUCUGGUGAGCAUGCUGAUGCCGCUACAACCCUCGCAGAAGACAUCCACGAAACACGGCCACAAUCGCGACAGAGCACGUGAAGGUGCGGCCAAGGCGGCCAGGCCGGCGGCGGGCACGGCGGGGCCCGGCGGCAGGGUCGACGGCGGGCAGGGCGGCAGCUGGGACAUGGCCGGAAUAAGGCCCUGGGGCCCAAGAAGGCAGUGGGGCCCGGGCUGGGGCUCUGGUACUCGCUCCCGAGAACUCCGCAAUGCACCCGGGGUCACUGAGGCCAUGGCGGCAGAGGUUGCGCCGGCGGCAGCGUCGCCGAGGAGCAGCUCUGUACGGAUGAGGCUUCGGGUGCGGUCGGCGGCGGCGCGGAUGGGAUCCGGCUUGGCGACGCCGUCGGGAGGGGUUAGAGACGGGCGGCUGUCCCUAGUUGGUCGCCUCCGUCAGAUGCAGACGGUGAACCCGGCGGCGCCGUCGAGCACCGCAGCGGCGGCACCGGCGUUUGCUGACGGUCCCGGCGGUCCUGUGCAUCAUAGGGCCCUCCUGAGCUUCAUCCGUUCCGCGCAGCCCGUUGUUGCGACGGGUCAGAGCGGUGACGUCGCCGCCGGCAGGACGCGACCUGACGGCGCGACCGCCGCUGCCGUCAGCAGCCGGGGCGCGUAUAGCUGCAUGGAAGGGAACCAAAGCACGGCGACCCGUGGGUCAAGGUUGCGACUCAGAUUGGAAUCGGUAAGGCUGGGCCCCGGACGGGCUGCGGGGACGCCUGGCAUGUACCGCGAGCCGGUACGACGGCUGGCAGCGACUGCGGCGGCUGCGGCGGCGGGCACUUCGGGGGUGGCGGCAGCUCUGGGAGAGAUGGACAAGAUCCAGCGCCAGGCCUCCUCGCAGCCUCCGCUGAUGUUUAGCUUUGACCAGCCGCCUGAGGCGCUGUUGUUCGUACACGGCUUGGGAGUGGACAUGCACAAGGCCCUGCGCCACUACGCACAGAUGAUGGCGCUGAUUGGCUUCCCGCCGUACAUCACGCCGGUGGUAUUCUCCUGGCCGUCCUCCGUCCCCGUCGCGUAUUUCUGUGCUCGUUACCGCGGCGCGGAGCCUCCCGAGACGGGUCUCGCACUGGCGGCCACGGUGAGGGCCCUGGCGGCUGACGGCUUCGCGGGCCUGCACCUCCUGGUGCACAGCAUGGGAACUAGGGUUCUGAACAACGCAUUGCCGCAUUUGGAGGCCAUACUGGGGGGUGACGGAGGUGACGGCGGCGACAGAGGUGAAGGUGGCGGAGGCGCGCCGCCGCGGCCGCGGCCGCGCAUGAAGCUUCGUACCGUGACGAUUUGCAACCCGGACUUUGGGCUCCGUCGCUUUGUGGAAGAUAUGGGCCCGCGGCUGCGGGCGCUGUGUCCUCAUGUGACACUGUACGGCGAUACGGCAGACGGGGCACUUGCGCUGUCGGAAAUCGUCAACGCGCUGGCAAGGCCGUUUACUAGUGCCGGCGCGGCAAUAGCGGAAGCAGGCGCCGUCGUGCCCUCGCUGGCGGCGUCCGCAGCAGCUGCCGUACACGCACGCACCAUGUCGGCCGCCGCUAUGGUGUACGACGGUGCGGUUGAGCUGGUUCGUUGGGAGAGGAUACCUGCACCACAUAACAGAAAUAACAAUAACAAUAACAAUAACAAUAACAAUAACAAUAGUGUUAGUAAGUGCAGCAAUCCCUUGUUACUGGUGCCAGAGUCGUUGUCGGCGCAACCGCGGCCACAGUUGGACAAACCGCCGCAACUACCGCCGUACAACCCUGAGGCAGCGACCGCCACUCUAGGCCAGCAGCGGUACGGCUUUCAACAUCCGUCGUGCCCACACACGGCUGUGUGCAGUACCCCACAACAGCAGCAACAACAACUACAACAACAACAGAAAUUACGGCGACAAAUUCUGAGUAAGGCUUCGAAGUGUGGCGUGCCUGCCGUACUCGACGGCGAGCAUGGCACCCAUGGCGGAGAGCCGCCGCUGCCAUCGCAGCAGCAGCAGCAACGGCAGCACCAGACUCAAGAGCGUCAUCAGCAGUGCGGGGCCAAAGCCUCCACUGCCUUGGCGGCAUCCGCCACUGCAAGCCGGACGGAGUGGUCGACUGCACGUCCCCGCGACCGCCUUCCCGGUGGUGCCGCUGCUGCGCCAUUCCCGGCAGCUGCGGCGGGGUCUGAAGUUGGCACUUCACCAUCAGAGCCUCAGCCGCCGCCGCCACAGCCGCAGUACGAUGUGCAGCUCCCUUUCCCACCACAGGCUCCACCGCCGCCGGCCCCAUCACCGCCACCGCCACCGCCACCACCGUCUCCUCAGCAUCCAGCCACAGAGCCACGGCAUGUCCAACGGCCUAGGCGGAACAUGUCACGCCUUCAGGCGCCCCAGCCCCAGCCGCAGCCAGCUCAACUGGAGAUGACGGCGGAGUCCGCCUCUGGCAGCGGCGACGCCAGCGCGGGUGGUAUGGCACCCCUCGCUGACGUCCUUACCAGUGCCGUCAAGGCCUCCUCUACACCCCACGAGGUGUCGGUACCGGCGACGACGGAAGUGGUUAUUACGGUUGCGGACAACGGGGUCGCGAGGCACCCCGACGGCUCGCUUACCGGCGCAGCAGUAGCGGCAGUAGCGGCGGCUCAGACCAGUGCAAACGAGCAGUCAACUCCAGAUCGUCCCGUGGGUCAUGCCGCCGCCGCCUCCGCCGCCGCUGCCAGGGGCACGUCUGGCGGCGGCCACGAUCCCGGGGGGGGACUGUCUUGGUGGAACGAGCGAGUCGUAAACUACCGCCGCCGCCUCCACACUCCGCCGCUGUACGGCUGGCUGGAGCACAGCUUGGGCCGGCGUAUUUACCAGGUGCAGGACCCCGUAUCGGGCCUUCCGCUGGACAUUGCUUAA